CCCUGACACCAAGAGCUGCGUCAAUUGUUUCCAACAAGGAAGAGCUCGACCGUGCCGGAAGCGCGGACAUCAAAGGGGGUGAAGCAGGAGACGACAAUAAAGGGGCGUUAAAUGACGCAUUAUAUCAUUCAAGGGAAGCCAGCCGUGAAGUUGGUUUUGAAAUUAUGAAGACUCGCAUCGAUGGCACGAGAAGCGAAAGUUAUCUGGAUUCGAUGAACAAGGCCGACGGCCUACUUCAUGCAGAUGCUGAGAGUAUCGAGUCAGCCGGGCAGAAGGACAACAGUGUUCACUCGGGAUCGAUACGGUCAUUCCCAUGUGACGCUGACAAUGAACUCACAGACAGCAAUGGAAUAGGAAGUGGCAUCGAUAUUUAA